AUGGAGCAGAAUUUCACAUACCUGCUGGGCAGCGGUGGCUCUGAGGACAUAUUGGUGAGUUACACAUCACCAACACCUAACUCCUCUGCAGCCAACGAAUAUGCCUUCAGCUACUCAGAACUGCACAUCAUCUGUCAUCCUGAAAGUAUUCCAGCAGUUGCAUCUGCCUUAUUUCCAGUGCUGUACUCCUUAAUGUUUGUGACUGGCCUCAUGGGAAAUGCUUUGGUUCUUUGGAUUCUGACAGUCUUCAUGAAAAUCAAGACCAUGACUGGUGUGUAUCUGCUGAAUCUGACUGUCUCCAACCUCCUCUUGGUAUUCUCUCUGCCCUUCUUGGUUCAGUACUCCUUUGUGAACCAGUGGACUUUUGGAAAUGCACUGUGUGAAAUCAUUGGGUCACUUUAUUUCAUUGGUUUCCACAGCAAUGUCUUCUUCAUUACUAUCAUGAGCAUCGACAGGUACUUGGUCAUAGUCCACUCCCUCCAUGUUCAAGGGAUACAGGCAGCUGCCAUUUGCUUUAUCACCAGUCUGGUCAUUUGGGCAGUUUCCAUUUUAGCAUCAAUGCCAGACUUACUUUUUUUCCAGGAAGUGAAUGACAAUAACCAGAUUAAGUGCCUCCCUCACUAUCCUGGUGGCAAGAAUGGCUGGAGGACUUUCAGUAAUUUUGAAGUCAACAUCUUGGGGCAGCCAAUCCCUGUUGUCCUCAUUUUUUGCUAUCACGGCAUCUUGAAAAACCUGCAGAAGUGCCAUACCAAGAACAAGUACAAAGCAAUAAAAUUGUUUUUAAUUGUUGUCAUUGUCCUCUUUCUCUCCUGGACCCCCGUCAACAUUGUGCUGUUUUUGGACUCUCUGAGGAACAUGUCCAUCAUCAAUGACUGCCUGAUAAGCCAAAGGCUAGACCUAGCUGUGGAGCUGACUGAGGCACUCUCCUUUGUCCACUGCUGCCUCAACCCAGUCAUCUAUACUUUUGUGGGUGAGAAGUUCAAGAAGCAUAUCCUUGACACUUUCAAAAAAUCUGUGUUUUCUGUCAAAAACUGUUUGAGCAACUUUUUAGGACACGAAAAUUGGAAGCAGCUGCUUGAUUUUGCUUUUAUCACGGUCUACACAAUUGAUAAUGCCUCCAACUGCCUCUUCUCUGCCUCCAAUUCAGCUGCUGCCUGA